AGCCCAAACGGGACGGUAGACUUGUGUUCUUCCAAAUUCUCAGCCUGGCGAACACGGUCGCACAGGUGAGCCCUUCAUAUCACGAUGCUCGGACGAAGCCUCACCGUCCUCAUCGAUGUCCUCAUUAUCGCGCACACUGAUGCCAUCGAGGCUGUGACUCGGCAUACGGAAAUCCUGGCGGAUGGAAGCAGCAAGGAAGCCAAAGUCAUGCGAAGAGAAGAAUCCCGAGGGAACGAAUGCUGGCGGGAAGACACCUGGAGCAGUCUGAGCUGCCCGCAGUACGAUCAGAGAGAUUGCUCCAGCUACUCAGAGAAGGACUGCAGCAAGGACUGCGCCAGCGGGAUGAUCUGCUUGAAGCUGCAGAUGAACCCGGUGAGCUACACCUGCUGCACCGACGAGGCCAAGAGCCUGGCGCUGGACACCACCAAGCCCCAGGCUGACUCGGACAGGGAGAAGCCCCAGGUGGGCUCAAAGACGACGGGAAAGGCCGCUAGGACGGGCUCUUCGCAGAAGACAGUGGCAGCGUCGGCAAAGGCAGAGUCGUCCUCAUCAAAGGCAGACUCUUCCUCAAAGGCGGAGUCUUCGGCGAAAGCAGACUCCUCUUCAAGGAAAUCCGACUCGUCUUCAGAGAAGUCAGGCUCUUCUUCAGCGAAGUCCGACUCGUCUUCGACAAAGUCAGACUCUUCUUCAGCGAAGUCCGACUCGUCUUCGACAAAGUCGGACUCCUCUUCAGCGAAGUCGGACUCUGCGUCCUCUAAAUCGGAGUCUUCUUCGAAGUCGGACUCGAAGGCCUCCAACUCUGAGGAUGCGGAGGACACCUUGUCGGCCUUGGAGAAGAAGAAGCACGAGGCGGAGGACGAGAUCCGGCGCCUGGAGGCGCAGCGCGAGCGCCUGGCCGCGGAGGCGGACGCGGAGCAGGCGCGCGCCGAGGCCGCCAAGGCGGAGGCUGCCAAGGCCGAGGCACUGCCGCACCAGGAGCCGAUUCAGCCAAAUGAGCCCAAGGAUUUGCCCUUCGCAGGCGGCCGGCCUUUUGAAGCGCAGAUCUUUGGGAACAAAGUGAAAGACGAUGAGAGCGCAUUGGCCCAAUUGGCCGGUUGAGCGCAGACCCAAAAUCCUCACGCGGCCCCGGUGGCACACGCACGGGAUGCGCUU